CCACUGCAGCCGUACACUAGCCGUACCCCGUACCCCCCCCCUGGCUCCUCCCCCGGCCGCCCAGUUUCCCUUUUCUUUCCCUCAAUCCCACUUCCCAGGAACGAGGAACCCUCUCCUCUCUUUCCUUAUCCACACAACAGGACAACACACAUAGGCCGUGUGUGUACCUUUAUGUCCGUCAACAACCAAGGAGCUCGACCACAAAUACUCCGAGUAUAGACGAGGCAGUGAUCGGCGCGAAAUUAGUCGGAAUUGCGGCGUUUUGGGUCUCACCUCACCUUUGGAUCCCAAGGGCUUGGAACCGAAUAAUACCGGCAAACAACACCAACACCAACCCCAACAACAACACGAGUCGACCAUCACCACCACUACUACUACCACCACCAUACAUUGACAUACGUCAGCCAACCCAACUACAGUCACACCAACCCACCCUCGACAAAACGAUUCUAUGAUCAAGAACAACGCCAUCGUCAUGAGUUCCGCUACACAGGGAGGACCCGCCGCGGUCCCUAAGGAGGAGAAGAAGGGCUUCGGCAAGGUUCUGGCAAGAGUAAAGACGGUUCUGAGGACGAAGCGACUUUCGACCAGCGGCGCAAAGGCCGAUCCCGCUGCUCCCGCCGAGAAAAAGGGCAAGGAAGCCGCCAAGAGCACCACGAAGACGGCCCCUGCUGCUGCUGCUGCUGCGGCGGCGGCCAAGACUGUGGACGCCAAUGCCCAAAAGGUCCCUCGCGCCCAGUUGUUUGAGGAGCGUGCCAAGAAGCUCGGUGAGCUCUAUGGCUUGGAGCUGAAGCCCAGCGAGUGGCACUCGACCGAGGGUCAUGCUCUCCGUGUUGAAAAGCCCAUCAAGAUGCGUGUCCACCGCAAAUGCCACCAAUGCGACACCUCGUUCGGAGCUUCCAAGGAGUGCUCCAAGUGCAAGCACACGCGAUGCAAGCAGUGCCCUCGUAUUCCCUCCAAGAAGACCGAGGCCGAGAGGGAGGAGAGCAGGAAGAAGCGCGCUCAGAUCAUCAAGGAUCGUGCCGAGAACGCCCCCAUCGUCCCCGACUGGCACCCGAAGCGCGAGAAGGACCUCGUUCUCAGACGUCCUGCCAAGACCGGCACUCAGGAUCUGGUUCACAAGAAGCCUCGCCAACGUGUGCGCAGGACCUGCUGCGGCUGCAAGAACCUCUUCACUUCUGGAAACAAGACUUGCACGGCCUGCCAGCACGUCCGUUGCACGGACUGCCCUCGAGACCCAUCAAAGAAGGACAAGUAUCCCUACGGCUAUCCUGGAGACCAACCUUCGAAACGCCAGGCUUACUUCGAAUGCAAGGCCUGCAAAAACACCUUCGCUUCGGAGCCAACCGUCACCACGUGCCCCAAGUGCUUCAACAGAAACACCGAGCGACUUGCGCCGAAGCGGGUGGAACCUCAACCUGACCCCGAAGCUUGGAAGAGCAUACAAGCAAAACUCGCGGCGAUGAAUCUCAAGUAACACGAUACGUUUCAGUGUCCUUGUCACUCUGCUAGGAGGGAAAGAAAGAAGGAUAUUAGAACACGAUGAAAAUGAAGGUUUAAGCGAAGGAAGCUGAUGAUAGCGUCUUUUUUUUAUUUGGACUUGUUUUGCUCUUUUUUUGGUUUUGGCUGGCUAUCACCCAGACUCUCGCAAGCUUUUAUCGCUCACAAGAUGCAUGCAUUCAUUCUUAAGGCCACACGCACCACCAUCCUUAGCACGAUAUGAAACACACGCGCAUGUUCUAACCACAUUUUGCAUGCAUGGAUUUUUUCUGCGACGAAACAACGCCUCUGAUCCUUUCCCGCAUAUUUCUCGUCAUUCACUAUGUCGGCGCUCGAUUUGAUACCCAACUUUACGGACCCUGCUCAUCAACUGCGAAAUCUGAGAAGAGAACAACUUGUCUGUUUAGCGAACAGCAAAGGAAUGGAGGAAAGGUAUCCCUCAUAGAGGUCCCUGUGGUCAUGGAAGGGAAAUACUAGGAUAUAUUUCUCCAUAGGUGCAAUAUAUCGAUCUGUCUCAUAAAACAAA